GCUCUUGAACGCAUCUUCUUUGCCCAUGUCUGUUUGCAUCACGGAUAAACAACAGAAGCCGAGCCACAGCAGCAUCACAACUGGUCACAUCCAGCUGUGACCAUGGGGAAGGCCUUCUCCCACUUCACCCAGCUGAUGGGGCAGGAUGACGGGCAGAGCAGCCACCUCACGACCCCCAUCGAGGAGAGCCAAACGGAGGAGACCAAGAGCGAGGACGUGUCCCAGUUCCCCUACGUGGAGUUCACCGGCAGGGACAGCGUCACCUGCCCCACCUGCCAGGGCACGGGCCGGAUACCCCGAGGGCAGGAGAAUCAGCUGGUGGCUCUGAUCCCCUACAGUGAUCAGAGGCUCAGGCCCAGGCGCACGAAGUUGUACGUGACGGCCUCGGUGGCGGUGUGCCUGCUCCUCUCUUCUCUGGCCGUCUUCUUCCUCUUCCCUCGCUCCAUAGACGUGUCCUACGUGGGGGUCAAGUCUGUGUACGUGGGCUACGACCAGGAGAGGAGGAGCGUCUAUCUCAACAUCACGAACACUCUGAACAUCACCAACAACAACUACUACUCUGUGGAGGUGGCCAACAUCACGGCGCAGGUGCAGUUCGCAAAGACGGUGAUCGGGAAGAGUCGCAUCAGCAACAUCACCGCCAUCAGCCCCCUGGACAUGAAGCAGAUCGAUUACACGGUCCCCACGCUCAUCGCCGACGAGAUGAGCUACAUGUAUGACUACUGCACGCUCCAGACCAUCAAAGUGCACAACAUCGGCGUCAUGAUGCAAGUCACGGUGACCACCACGUACUUUGGCCACGCCGAGCAGGUUUCUCAGGAGAUGUACCAGUACGUGGACUGCGGAGGAAACACCACGGCGGUCAGAGGGGCGCCCCAGAGCUUCAGCGUUCCCCACGGCAACCAAUAACUACUGUCCCACCACUCGCGCACCACAAAACGAUCUGCACACGAAUAAACAUCCACAUCAGUUGCACUUGAUUUGAGUUUUGAAAUUUACUAGGUUUCAAAAUACUUCUCAUUUCUACAAAAAAUACCUGCUGAAUUUGAGUAGUGUUGGUUAAUUUGAUGAUUUAUAAUUUAAAUAUUCCGGAAAUGCAAAAAGAUGAGUUUUUUCACAGCAAGAAGCAACAUCUACGCAAAUUAAAAUGACUUAAAUUAAGAACAUUUUACUAUUUGAGUAGAUUAAAAUAUCUGCCAAUGGAAUAAGUUUUUUUCUUAUUUCGAGCAACAUUCAAGCAAUGUUUUAUUUUUAUUUUAAGUGCGUUUAAGUUGUGUUUUUGUUAUCUUAAGUGUAGCAAGACGUAUUUUCAUAUUUUAAGUACAAAAAGUCUUAUUCCAUUGGCAGAUAAUUUUACGUGUAAGUGAAAUUUACUCAAAUCGUGAUAAAACUUUCUUAAUUCAAGUCAUCUUAACUUUAAAUUUGAGUUUUUGCCGUCUUACUUUAUUCUUAAAGCGGCUCUAAGUAAAAUUUUUUGGUGGAUACUACACCACGUCUUUGUCUCUGGCUUGGAAUUUUGCACAGUAUGGCAUUAAACUUGCUUAUCUCCAUGGAGACAAGCAGGCUGCACCACCAGGCCGAGUUACAGGUCAGAUCUGUGCAGAAACAUCCCCGCUCACGGUAAGAAUUCAUGUUUUUCAAGAUGUUUUUGGACAAUAAAAAGCACCUGUAAUAAAAUACAUGCAAGCCGUGUGUAAUGCCAUACUGCGGAACAUUCCAAGUGAAGCAAUAACCCUCUCCGAAUUCAGUAAUAUCUUAAAAUAUUUAGAAAUUUAAUAGUGAAAUCAGAAACUGUCUUCACUAUUAAAGCUAAAUAAUUGGAUGUAAAGCUGCACUGUGUAACUUCUAACUUGCUUGUCUCCAUGGAGAUGUGAUUUCUUUGCUAGAAAUGUUCCACAGUAGAGCAAAAAACACAUCUGCCUCGCAUUUGUUCGAUCACAGGUGUUUUAUGACUCAAAAUAUCUUAGAAAAACAUGAAUUCUUACCAUAUUUGAGCUCGCUUCUCCAUAGAUCUGACCAUUAACCUGUCUCCAUUGUGGAGUUUAUGUCCGUACUGUGAAAUAAUCAAGUAAAAUCUCCAUGGAGACGAGCAGAAAAGCUACGCAGCGCACAUUUUUAACGCGUUCAAAUCAUGUAUCGCAAAGAAAUACAAAUUAGUCCGACCGACUCAAAUCAAGUUACAUUUUCUCGUGUGGAUUUGUUUCUCAGCGCAGAGUUUUAUGACAUUUUCUGUUUCCAUUUUUGUUAAGUUGCACAUAAUCUUUAAUUCACCACAAAGACGAUAGUUGUCAAAUAUAACAACUAGUAUAUUUUUUAAAACUUGAUUUAUCUUGAACACUUUUCAGACCAGAAUGCACUUUAUAAUAAGUCCAGUGUUGAGAUCCGAGGUGGUUCAGUGUGUCCAAAAACACGACUAAAUACGAACUCUAAAAUGACUUGAAUUCAACACGAGUAUUUUAAAUUUAGUGCAAAUGAGAAGUUUUGACAAGUUUACAUUCAUUUUACUGGUUUCGAAACAAUAUGAUACAGUUAUGAUUUAUUAUUUUGUGUUGUGUAAAUCAAAAUCGGUACAAAAAUUGCACUUAAAAAUACAUUUCAAAUCGAUUAGUAGCGAAUUUAUCUUGAGAAAAAUCGUGAAAAUUACAUCUGAACUAGUCAAAACAACUCAAAGGUAUAAAUAAAUAUUCUGAAUUCAAGUCAUUUUUAGUGUUUGCGGGGUAAAGAGUCGAGUACUGCCAAGUUAAAGGGCCAAUAUUGCGCUAUUUAAUGAUUUUCUUUGUUAUAAUGUUGUUUCCUCGUCACAAACGGACCUGGAGUUGUGUUUUGUUUCAUUCACACAAGUUAAACUCUGAAUAUUUAGACUGAGUUCUUCUCUUAAACAGAAUACAGCGUUCCACCUUGUGAUGUCAUGCGGUAAUACAGGAAAUGCUCCACUUUUAUACUCACUUUUCUGCCCAACAAAGGCAAAAGACCUUAACUCAUCAGAGAAUGAAACUGAGAAAAAUGACAUCAAAGUUUAUAUUUUGUCCAGUCAAAAGUAAAAUAAUAAUAAGAGGCAGUUGCUAUAAUGAAGAAAUAUUUGUAUGUGAAAAAUAUUGAGCUCAGAAUUGCCCUUUGACCCUUAUUUGUCAGUUCCUGUGCUCUGCCUUUGUAUCAUGAGCCAAAAAUAAGAAGUCGUGCAAAGACAAAAGGCAGAAACAGUGUCAGUUACUGCCUUUUGCCAUAGGGGGCAGUAUACCCCAUGGAUCUAUUAAAAUAAUUGCUGCUUGUGUCUGUCUUGAGUUGGCGUAGUGGCUCUUACUGGAACUACAGCGAAAAAAUCCCUCUGGCCCAGAAAUAUUUUUUCUCAUGUAAUCACAAACUGCUCGUUUUCGGCUGACAGAGCAUCUACAACUUUAAAAAAUGUUGGAUUUUGUGGUGAUUUUUACCUAUUUUCAGAUCCUCAAAAGCUCAAAAUCUGUCUGUUGUCUUAAAAAAAACUCUUUUUAAUCAUCCGCUUCGGCUCCGCUCUAGUUCCUCUCGCUCUGAUUGGUCAAAGCGAUCACGUGAUACACAAGCCCACGCUCCUUGCUCACACUCGCCUGCAUUCAUGUGUGUCUGCGGGAGAAAAAAGCACUACUGCGCAUGUUCAGUGUGCAGGGAGUCACCAGAAAUACGUCGCCGGGCUAAAGGCGAAUCUGGAGACAUGCACCUUUGAGCUCGGCCCUUUAACUUGAUUGAACAUCCAUCUUUAAACCCUGGGGCUUGCUUUACCUUCACUAGAAUCAUUUGGAUCAUUUUUGCGCUGGAAUUGACGAUCUCUAGUGAACUAAAUGUAAAAAAGCACCUGUUAACUUGAAAACUUCCACUUCACGACAUCACAAAGUAGAGCAGAGCAUUUUAAGCUUUGGAGAUGCACAGUAAACAACUCUGGGUUUGAUGUUUUUGAUGAGGUAACAACAUUAUAACAUGAUUUAAAGCUAUAAGAAUCAAUUUUAGACUUUAAGAAUAUUAGAGAAUAUUACAAAAUAGUGGCCAAACGUUACACAGGAGCUCCCAAAUCUCCCGCUGCUUGACUUCCUGAAUGCAUAUCAAUAAAAAAAAAUAAAAAAAACUUUGCACAUUUACAAUACCUCUGAAGAAAACAGAUGAUCACAGGAGCAUUACUCAGUGUAUAAGCUCGAGUACAGCAAUAGGUCCUGAAGUGGAAGAGGAAUACAGGAAGGAUAUCUCAAAUUUAUCAGAAAUUUUGGAUACAUUUCUCAUAAAGUAACCCACAAACAUGAGCUAAAGUGGCGUCUAAAAUGUAACUACCAGUCAAAACUUUGGACUCUCCUUCAGUUUUUUUCUGUAUGUUUACUACUUUCUACUUUUGUAAUAAAAUAGGCAAGGCAAGACAAGUACACAAAGUAAUUCAUAGUGAUUUACAGAAUAAGAAAUACAUUAACAUCACAAUAAAAACAAAUCAAAACAUAAAUAAUCAUCAUAAAAAAAACACAGCUAAACAGAUCCAUUUUGAGCCCGGAUUUAAACAUUGUCAAAGUAGAUGUUAUUAGGUUCUUUUUUUCAGACCUAGAGUCUUAUUUCAUACCUGACAGUUUCGACUUUUCGAGUGGUCACGAAAAAAAAGAACCUAAUAACAUAGAAUAUCGGAAGACCAAAUGAAUCUCAUUGGACUAUUGUCAAAGCAGGGUCCUGUCUCGCAUGUUCAGACUGUUCCAGGUUUUAUUUUUUGCUGCAUGAACCUGAAACAGUGACUCCCCGUGUUUAGUCGUGACUCUGGGCACCAGCAAGAGGUCGGUCCCUGAGCUCCUCAAAGUGGUGCUCGGUUGUUACGUCCCAAAAUAAGUCAAAACAUAUUUAGGAAGGGACAAAGUUAAGGAUUAAGCCAGAGAUGUUCAUUUUGUCAUCUUUUGUGCUUUCAUUUCUUGGGUUCUUUUUAAAGACAAUACAGUAAAUUUAAGGCAAGUAAAGUAAGAUAAAUUCACUUUACUAUUCGUUCGUUCGUUUUUAUUUAGAUCCUUAUUAGCUAUUGAAAAACAGCAACUACUCUUCCUGGGGUCGGUGUCUGUACUGCCUUUAAAAAGAACCCAAGAAGUUAAAAAGUUAAAGAUUGCGUAUUCUUUUAUUUUUUUGUAUUUUGGAAGAUGGAACCUGCCCAAAAAAAACCCCAAAGUACUAAAGGGAAAAGACCCUGGUGAGCCGACCAACGUAAAGUAAGGACGGUGCGCUGGACAGGCCAACUCUACUUGGCUGCUGUCCGUAUCGUAACGAAAAACGCAACCCUCAAACUGUCUUUACAUAAAAUAACAAACAAAAACAAGACGUCUGGACCCAACAGGGCAAACAAGCAUAAGACUAGGUUAACAGAAAGGUAACAAACCGACGAGAGGACGUUUGCGCUCCAGGAACGGCGAGCCACAGCGAGGGACGGAAAGUGAGAGCAUGCCAGACUCGCUCCUAAGUAGAAAUUUGGAGCAAACAAAAAAGAACCUUAAACAUUGAAAAAAUAGGAAUAACUUGCAAUAACAAAUCUGGGAAAAUACUAUAAAAAAUAGCCAAUAAAAAAAAAAAUACAGGGGAAAACAAAAGGUGCCCAAGCGUAACAAAGGCCAUGGAGAGAUUUGUGCACAAAUAGAGCAACUUUAAAGUCUCUUCUCUGACCCACAGGGGGCAGUACUGAGACCUGAGACCCGGACUUACGCGCUCGUAGUUCCUGGACCCGAGCUGCAGCGUUCAGGAUGGAAAUAUGGAGAUAUGUUAUAACCAAAUGCGUAAAUUUGCCACUUUUUGCUUUGUCGAAAAUUAUUUAGUAGAGAUAUUCAGCUUUUUUCUUUACUAAAUAAUUCCAUAAAUCUCCCUUCAUAUAUUUGAUUUUUUCUGUGUGUUUCUAAAGUACAGAAAGUAGUAAGAAAAAACAAAACAGAACACGGAGUGAGAGGCUGAGUCCAAACUUUUGACUGGUAGUUUACAUCAAAACUGAAUAACAAAUGCCUUAAGCUGUCAAAGCGAUUAACAUUUCUUAAAUUUUUACUUGAACUCCAAAAAUUUGUCUAUCAGAUAUAAGCUCACGAAAACAGAAUUUGAUUAAAAUAAGUCAGUUUUUUGUUUGUACACUGGAAGCUUUCAGACCACCAGCUCGCGAAACCACUUAAGCAUUUUUUGUCUAUUGCAUUUGAAAAAAAAAAGUGGUAUUUCAUGUAAAAACAGGCACAUUUCUAUUAUAAUUUCAAUAAUUUAACAUUUUUAUUUCAUUAUAUUAAUAUUAAAUGGACCGGGCAUAUUUUGAUGAUGUGUUUUUGUUGUAGAUUUAGUCGUUGCACUUGAAUUUUUUGGGUUAAAAAUUAUGAAUUACUUUAAAAUACUAAACACAUAUCAUUGAUUAGAUCAUUUUAGUUGUUAAAAAUAUUUCUAUGAUUUAAGUGUAUUUGAUAAGCUACUGAUUGUUGAUAAUUUCUUUUCUUUGCCGCAGUUCUAAUGAAGUUUAUUGAAAAAAAUCUGCUCCAAUAGACCCUUUAAAAUCCAAAUCAAAAUGUUCAAAAUUGUGGAAAGGAGGCGACUGGAGCCAAAGUGAAGCAGACGUGAUGGAUUUUCAGCGAUAAACUUAUGAGCAGAUCUAAAUUCUGAUGGUUUUACAACAUUAUAACAAAAAAUAAACAACAAAUUUGAAUUUCCAAGGUACAUGUUUUAGUUAAUUUGCUUCUCUGUUAAGAAAAAUACAAAUUCUCACCUCGAAGUUGUGUUUGAGCUUCACAAAAACGGGUAACACUUUAUUUUAGGGUACACUUAUUAACAUCUAACUACCUACUAGUAAGAAUAGUUGAUGUAGAUGGUUAUUUUGUCAUGAAUUAGUAUUUAUUCAGGCCUUAUUAAUGUUUAUUCUGCUGUUAGUUAAACAUUUACAAACACUUUCCUAUAAAUACACUCUUUAUUACUGCUUAUUACUAUGAUAUUAAGUCAUUUUUGUCCAUGAAUUGUUUUGUACAACUACCUAUUCAUAUGAAGUAUUAAUAUUAAUGUCACAAUACAGGAAUUAAGUGUGAAGAAGAGACCACUUUAGAACAAGGGACCAUAUUUCAUUUUAAUUUGUGUCAUUUAAUAAAAAACGAUCAAAACGUCUCUUUAGAAUGGGGAACAUAUUUAGAGCUUAAUGAUUUCAUUCGUGGCGAGUUGGACUCUAUUAACGCCUAAAGCCGGGCGUACACUGUGCGAUUUUUGGCCCUUUUUGAGCCGAUUUUUCACUCGUGCGACUGUUUUUGGGGAUCGGGCCGAGUUUUGUCUUAGCGUAUUUUCCGGGCGAAUGGACGCGGUCUUAAGUCUCUAACCGCAUCAAAAAACGACCGCGCGCACCACAAUCCAGAGCGCCCCAUACACGAAUCCACUCGGGUGUCCCAGCACGACUUCAGUAAACUACAAAGCCGCAGAACACGCAAACACACACGGAGCAGACGGCGACCGCACAGCGAAAAACACCCACAGACACACUCAUCACUCCACGCCGACGAGGAACGGAACGGAGGAACGAACCGAAAAAGCGAGUGCAAUGUGCCGCUUCUAGACACGACUGAACAACUGAGUCACUACGACCGAUCCGUUGGUCCCAGACAGCACCCUCCCUACACGCCACAACUGAACAAAGCCCAGAGUCACCGUGAACGAACAAACAAACAAAACCACUCACCCAUCACACUGUUGUGUUUCAUUUAAAGUCGGGUGUGGUUUAUUUGUGAAAAAAGUUUGAAAAUAGACCAUUUAAUGACUUAUAAUCCAAAGCACCUAAUAGCCCGGAAAAUACAGUAACCGUGCGUCGUGCUUCGUGUAGUAAACGGGGUAACAAGAAGCGAUUAAAACCUCACUCCCAGCUCCCGAUCGGGAAUCAUAGGCCACAAGAAAAUCAAACCUCUUUGAAAUCCAGUCGCCUCUCGUGAGGGUUUCGCUCUGCUGAAGUCCUUCCAAACGCGCUGUGAACUUUUUAACCCUGUGAUUUGGUCGUACAGUUUGAGCUGGGGCUGAGAGAAACCAUCGAAAAUAUCUCAGUAAAUAUAUCGGUGUACCUCUGGCGUAGUAGAGCGUGUUCAAUUACACAAGAGUAAGCAAGAUUUAUUAAGUGCAAAUAAGUAAAAACUACAUUUCUUGUGCUACUCGUCCUUAACAACGCGCUUAUUUGUACCAAAAUCUUAUUAGAAACAUAAUUCAUGGACAAAAAGGGCUUAAUAUCACACAAAUAAGCAGUAAUAAGGAGUGUAUUAAUAGGAAAGUGUUUGUAAAUGUCUAACUAACAGCAGAAUAAACUUAUGGGAAUUAUCAGACAUUGAUAAGGACUGAAUAAAUACUAAUUAAUGACAAAAUAAGCAUCUAAAACUACGCGAAUUAGCAGAUAGUUCGUUGUAGAAUACAGAAUUGAACCCUAAAAUAAAAUGUUAUCACAAAAAGUAUAAUCUAAUAAUGUUUAAAUGUGUAAUAUAUCUGUAGUUGAAGUGAAAAACUGUAGUAAACUCAACUUUUUACGAGAGAAUUUGACUAGUAAAUUCCAAAAUCUGGACGUUUCCUUUGUCUUAAAUGCUUAGUGUUGAUCAUAAUCUCUUUUUAAAUUAACAAAUAACGUAAAACACUAGUACAAAUGUUUUUAAACUCAGCUCUGAUGUCACUCACAUGUGUCCGAGUGGUUUUCGUUGGCCAAAUUUCUCUUAAUUUUUCAUAUUUUGUCAUUUUCUGAAGUUAAUCACAUUGAAAUCUCAUUAUAUUCUGGUUCACUUUCACCUCCAGCCGCCUCCGUUUCUGAUAUUUUUUAAAGGGUCUAUUCUGUUCUUGAUAUUUUGUAUUAUUUGUGCGUAUUGUUUAUUUUGCAGUUCAGGUAUUUCAACUAACGAUCUUACAGUGUUACAAAAAAAAACAUUGGAUUUUUUUGCCAGUUUUUGUAUCUCGUGUCAGUCCUCUGCUCUAAUACUCUUAACAUUUGCUGUAUUUUAUUUUGAUUAUUUAAUUAAUAUGCUAUAAGAAUAAGAGUGGAACAAGUCUAUUUUCGAUCACAGUUUUGUAAAAGUGUCACACAGUAUUUGAACUCGUGUAAAUAUGUUGAUUAAUCCUUCAUUCAUUAAAGUUCAUUUCAGUUCUUACAUGUACAGGGAUCAUUUCAUAGUUUUAACAUUUCAUACCACAUUUGAUAACAUUGUACAUUUGCCAUCAGACUCUUAACAUCAUUCAACUGUUUGUGUGAGAGCUGAAAUAAAGUUUUAACAUUGUAAA